AUGGGCCGCCCGGCCGCCGGGUCCUCGGGCCGCCGCGGGCAGCGGCGCCGGUUGCCGGGCAGGCGGCGGCGCCGAGUUCCCCGGCGGCGGAAGGCUGGGGCCUGCGGGCGCAAGAGGGCGCGCCCCCGGCGGGCGGAGCCGGGUCUCGGGACCCCGAGGGAGGCGGAGCCCGCGACCUGGCAGGGCUGCGGCGCGGAGUGCCCGGACCCGUGCGCGGCGCGGGACGACUGGCGCUGUGCUCAGUCUAUGCACGAGUUCUCGGCCAAGGACAUCGAUGGACGCGAGGUGAACCUGGACAAGUACCGGGGCUUCGUGUGCAUCGUCACCAACGUGGCCUCGCAAUGAGGCAAGACGGACGUAAACUACACUCAGCUUGUCGACCUGCACGCCCGAUAUGCUGAGUCCGGUUUACGCAUCCUGGCCUUCCCCUGCAACCAGUUCGGGAGGCAGGAGCCAGGGAGCAAUGCGGAGAUCAAAGAGUUCGCCGCCGGCUAUAAUGUCAAGUUCGAUAUGUACAGCAAGAUCUGCGUGAACGGAGACGAUGCUCACCCGCUGUGGAAGUGGAUGAAAAUCCAGCCCAAGGGGAGGGGCAUCCUGGGAAAUGCCAUCAAGUGGAACUUCACCAAGUUCCUCAUUGACAAGAAUGGCUGUGUGGUGAAGCGGUAUGGUCCCAUGGAAGAGCCCCUGGUAAUAGAGAAGGACUUGCCCUGCUACCUCUAGCUCCACAAGUAUGCGCCUCCCCACGGCCCCUGCCCCUUGGAGCCUUCCACCCGGCACCCAUGACAGUCUGUCUAAAAACCAGCCCGCUGGUGGGGCAGACCCGAGAACCCGGCGUGCACCCCCUGCCGGAGGAAGGUUCCUUUGCCCGGCUCGAGGCUUGGCGCCCCCCCCACCCCUGGUUAUCUUGUGGGAAUAAAACGUACAAAUUGG